UCACAACCGCUACCAAUUAAUCAGUGUCUCCCUAAUUUCUUCAGUUGAUCGCCAUGGUCGCUCCCCAUGUGUUGGUCCUGCCCUUCCCCGCUCAGGGCCAUGUCAUCCCUCUCAUGGAGCUCUCCCACCGCCUAGUUGAACACGGAGUCAAGGUCACCUUCGCCAAUACCGAGCUCAACCACGGUCUCAUCCUUGGUGCUCUGGUUUCCAAAGAUGGCAGCAGCAGCCUUGGAGGGGUCGACAUGGUGUCCAUACCGGACGGCCUAGGCGACGGCGAGGACCGGAAGAACCUCGCGCGGCUCGCGGAGGCGUUCUCCCAGGUCAUGCCGGGCGAGCUGGAGAAGCUCAUCGGAAGGGUGUCCGACUGCAGUGUGUCAGCGGGAAGCGAAAAGCUAACCUGGCUGAUCGCCGACGCGAGUAUGGCGUGGGCCUUUUUCGUGGCUCGGAAACUCGGCCUCCGGACCGCCGCCUUCAACCCCUCGUCGGCGGCGAUGUUCGCGAUGAGGAUGAGCAUCCCCAAACUGAUCAUGGACGGCGUCGUUGACGAUAAAGGACUGCCGAAGCGGCGCGGCACGUUUCGGCUGGCUCCGGCGAUGCCGCCCCUCGAUACGACCGAGCUAUCGUGGAACCGCGCCGGCGACCCCAAGGGCCAGCCGGUCAUCUUGGAUCUGAUCCUCCGGAACAACGCGGCCACCCACAACGCUGAAGCCGUCCUGGUAAACACUGUCCAAGAGCUCGAGCCUGGGGCCUUCGCGCUCUUCCCCGAGGUCAUGCCGCUCGGCCCGCUGGUCUCCGCCGAGUACAAGCCGGCCGGCAGCUUCUGGGCCGAGGACGACACCUGCGCGGCGUGGCUCGACGCACAGCCGGCCGGCUCUGUCGUGUACGUCGCUUUCGGCAGCUUCGCCAUCUUCGACAGGCCGCAGCUUAUCGAGCUCGCCGAGGGGCUCGCGCUGACCUCGCGGCCGUUCCUGUGGGUGGUCAGGCCGGAUUCCGCGAGUGAGCAGUGGCUGGAAGACCUCCGCCACCGCGCCGGGCCGCGCGGUCGCGUCGUGAGCUGGUGCCCGCAGCAGCUGGUGCUGGCGCACGCGUCGACGGCGUGCUUCCUGUCGCACUGCGGGUGGAACUCGACAUUGGAAGGGCUGAUCAACGGCUUGCCGUUCCUGUGUUGGCCAUAUUUCACGGACCAGUUCCUGAACCGGAGCUACAUCUGCGAAGUGUGGCGGACUGGGCUGCAGAUGGCGCCACCGCCGGGCAUUGCCGGGGAGGAGGCACAGACCGUAAAGAGGGAGGUGAUACGGGGCAGGAUAGAGGAGCUGCUCGGCGACAAGGAAAUCAAGGUGAGGGCGCUCGCGUUGAGGGACGUUGCUCAGCGGGCUGUCAGCGACGGUGGGUCAUCGCGCCGGAAUCUCACACAGUUCGUGGACCUCAUUCGAGGAUGAAUCAGCGAGCUAGCUAGCUCAUGUAUUUCGUUUUUGUUUUGGAAGAUCCGAAUCUAUUUCAUGAGUUUAGAGGAACUAUAAAACAACCCAAACGUACUAAAUUUUACAUCAUAA